UCCUGGGAUGCAUUCUUCAGACAGACUGCACGUGGGGUGCCCCCUGGGCAGGCAUAUGUGGCUCCUCCAACCCUGCGAACGUCUUUAGUGCCCAUGGCACUUUCAGCUCAUGCUGUUGCACAAGGUCUUUCUGUUGAUGAGAAGAUAAUAGAAGAUCAUCUGUCUGUGCAGUCAAUAAUUCGCUCCUACCAGAUUAGAGGUCACAAUGUCAGCGACCUAGACCCACUGGGUAUUUUAGCAGCAGAUCUGGACUCGGAGACACCCCCGGAGCUGAUUCUAGAGAACUAUAACUUGGGUGAAGCAGACCUUGACCGGGUUUUUCGUCUGCCCAAGACAACCUACAUCGGCGGCAAUGAAACGGUUUUACCUUUAAGGGAGAUCAUUCGACGGCUGCAGAAUGUUUACUGUCGGACGAUUGGCAUUGAAUUUAUGUUCAUCAACAACUUACAGCAGACUGAUUGGAUUCGACAGAAGUUUGAGGUACCAGGAAGUAUGCAGUUCAGUGCAGAGGAGAGGAGAAUGCUGAUGGCUAGGCUGAUCAGAUCCACCAGAUUUGAGGAGUUCCUGGCCCGCAAGUGGUCUUCAGAGAAACGCUUUGGACUUGAAGGAUGUGAGGUGCUAAUCCCCGCGAUGAAGACCAUCAUCGACUCCUCCAGCGCUCUGGGCGUCGACAGUUUCAUCAUCGGCAUGCCACACCGAGGCCGCCUGAAUGUGCUGGCCAACGUCUGCCGCAAACCUCUGGAGAAGAUCAUCUGUCAGUUUGAUUCCAAGCUGGAGGCCGCUGAUGAAGGUUCAGGCGAUGUCAAGUACCAUCUGGGCAUGUCCCACGAGCGUUUGAACAGGGUGACUAAUAAGAACAUUAAGCUUGCAGUUGUGGCCAACCCUUCACACUUGGAGGCUGUGGAUCCUGUCGUGGAAGGCAAAGCUAGGGCAGAGAUGUUCUAUAGAGGGGAUGUAGAUGGAAAGAAGGUGAUGCCGAUGUUGCUGCAUGGAGAUGCUGCAUUUUCUGGUCAAGGGAUUGUGUAUGAGACGCUGCAUUUAUCUGAUCUGCCAGCUUUCACCACACACGGAACCAUCCACAUUGUUGUCAACAAUCAGAUUGGCUUCACAACUGACCCAAGAUCCUCAAGAUCUUCACCAUACUGCACUGAUGUAGCUCGAGUGGUCAACGCUCCCAUCUUCCAUGUCAAUGCAGAUGACCCAGAGGCUGUCGUCUAUGUGUGUAAGGUUGCAGCAGAAUGGCGGGCCACUUUCGGCAAGGAUGUCGUUAUUGACUUGGUCUGCUAUCGACGAUUUGGUCAUAACGAGAUUGAUGAGCCCAUGUUUACCCAGCCCCUAAUGUACAAGAAAAUUGCCAAACAGCCGACAGUGCUGGCCAAGUAUGCAGAGACUCUUAUCAACAAUGGAACUCUUACACAGCAGGAAUAUGAGGAGGAAAUAUCAAAAUAUGAUAAAAUUUGUGAAGAGGCUUACUCCCUGGCCAAGAAGGAAACGGCUGUCAGCAACAUCGAUUGGCUGGACUCCCCAUGGAGUGGCUUCUUUGAAGGUCGUGACCCAAUGCGUCUGCCGAUUACAGGGGUGACUGAAGAGACCUUACGACAUAUUGGAACUGUAUUCAGCACACCGCCGGAGGAUUUCGUUAUACAUGGAGGUUUAAAACGGGUACUGAAGGCCCGUGCUGAAAUGGUUGAGAACCGUCAAGCAGACUGGGCCCUGGGAGAAGCACUGGCAUUUGGAUCGCUGCUUAAGGAGGGAAUCCAUGUAAGACUGAGUGGACAGGAUGUGGAGAGAGGUACUUUCAGCCACCGCCAUCAUGUCCUACACCAUCAGACCAUUGACAAGAAGACGAUUGUGCCCUUGAACACCCUUUACCCAGACCAGGCUACCUACACCGUCUGCAACAGUUCCUUGUCAGAGUAUGGUGUUCUUGGAUUUGAACUGGGUUACUCUAUAACAAACCCCAAUGCCCUGGUCAUCUGGGAGGCUCAAUUUGGAGACUUUGUUAACACAGCACAGUGCAUCAUUGACCAGUUUAUUUCCAGUGGUCAAGCCAAAUGGGUUCGGCAGUCCGGCAUUGUGCUGCUGCUUCCACAUGGCUUUGAAGGGAUGGGUCCUGAACACUCCAGCUGCAGGUUGGAGAGAUUCCUGCAGUGUAGCAAUGAUGAUUCAGAUUAUUUUCCACCUGAGGGCCCCAAUUUUGAGAUCCAACAGCUGCAUGAGACCAACUGGUUUGUGUGCAACUUUACCACCCCUGCUAAUUUCUUCCAUGCCAUGAGGAGACAGAUUGCACUUCCCUUCAGAAAACCUCUGGUUGUGUGCACACCAAAGUCACUUCUUCGACUCCCUGAGGCCCGCUCAAGUUUCGAUGACAUGGUUGAAGGCACCCGUUUCCAGCGGGUAAUCCCUGAAGCUGGCGAAGCAGCCCAGAACCCAAAUGGUGUCAAGAAGCUCAUCUUCUGCACUGGCAAGGUCUAUUACGAGUUUGUCAAAGAGAGAGAAGCCAAGCAGCUCAGUGCAGAUCUUGCGAUCACACGAGUAGAACAGUUGACACCCUUCCCCUUUGACCUCAUCAAGGCAGAGGUGGAGAAAUACCCCAAAGCAAGAAUUUGUUGGGCCCAAGAAGAGCACAAGAACAUGGGUGCCUACACAUACGUUGAGCCUCGCAUGCGCACCGUUUUCCGUAAACUUGGCAUUCGGAAGAAAUUAGA